CAACUCCGCCGAACCUGUCAUUUCUGUUCAGGCUCAUUCGAAAUCCAUCAUUCUAAUUUCGUCACCACGUCGUCACGGACGGUUCUCUUGCUUUGGCCAUCACAGAAUUUUGAGCAGUGCCAAAUUCCUACUGGGGUUGGUUCUAAAGUGCCUUAUUCGGUGUUUAAACAGUGUCCAACAAAUCAGUGUUUGAAGUGCUUGCAAAUAUUAGUUCCCGGAAUCAGAACCUUUCUGAUAAGCCGCAGCUCAGUUGAGGGAACUAGAGUCUUGGAGUUUUCAGUCGAAGGAAUGCCUUCGUGUUGAAACGGAUGCCCACAAAAAUCCAUUAGGCGCUGCAGGUUCAGGUAGCCGGGGGUCAUUAAGUAAUCCUCGAUGAUGUCAUCCAACGACGGAAAGGAAACGGGUUUACGGGCAGACGUCGAAGACGACCCAGUCAAGUGCAAGCAGAAGUUCCAUCAGGUGUUGGAUGCGCUUCUAAAUCGCAGUUUUACGAUCAACAAUGACGUCUACCUGGAGAUGAUUGUGUCCCAUUUGUCCGGGAAGUACGAUAAUGAACAUAAGAAGCUGCUGAAGUCGCCUGAGGUGAUCAAAUGGCUUGGCAAGGCGCUGGAACAGUGGGAGAGCGAGAAGGUCCCAUCGCCGGAUGUGGCGGCAUUCACCCUACACAUCCUGGCCCGGAUUGUGGAGGAUGAGUGGGAAUUUUCCAAGUUGCAAAACGAAAAGAUGAUGGAUCGCUUUCAGAGCUGCAUCCAGAAGCAGCGCAAGCUGCACCAUGCUUCGGUCCGCUUGGGUCACGUUCUGGUGCUGAAGGCCGUUUCCACACAUGCCAUGGGACUGAGGUGGAUCAAGUAUUCCGAAUCGUGGAAGAUCUGUCUGGAUUACUACAACGGACAGAUGCAAACGAUAUUCAUUCUGAGGGAGACGUCCCUGUUCAUGUACGAGGUCCUGGAACGUUUCGGGACGAUAGGGGAUUACGAUCUGGUGAAGGAGAUCGUCCGUUGCAUUAUAUCGCCCCUGUUGGACGGACGCUGGAAGACUAAGAUUUCAGAUCAUGAACACACGGUCUUGGUGGAUGAUGAGGAGUCGCAGCGAGUGGUGACGUCAAUGAUGAAUCUUCUAUGCACGAUAUUCCGUAAGAUACUGGAAAAGAAGAGGCGCAUCCGAGCGGCAUAUUACCUCCUGAUUUCGUUCCGCUUUGAGAGGAAUCUCUGGGUUUUCGCCGACACCAUACAAGACCACAGCUACCUCACGAAACUGUGGGAGACCCAUAUCCUCGCCAAUUGCACUCGCCUCGGUUGCAUGGAUAUUCCCCCAGAAGACAAAGACACCAUCGAUCUACCCUUCGAAAAGUACACGAUCAACUUCCUCAACUACGUAACCUUUUCCAUCCGCCGAGGAAGCGUCCAAAACGUCAUGAUGAUGGGUCAAAUGCAUCACCAUGCUUGGCGUCUGCUGGGCGAUCGUGCCCCGGCGGAAGUGGUUCUCAAAAACCAGAACAUCAAAUUCGGAGACCAAAUCCUGCUGCUGCUACUCUUUCCCGUCGUCUACGAAACCAAAACCCUCACCCCGAAGCAGCCCUCCGAUUACAUCGAGCAGUUCUGCAUGAAGCUGUACGACAUCUCGUGCGAAUUCACCGUCCGUCUGAUGUACGCCUGCCGGGACAUUUUCCAGGCGUACAACAUGAGCGUCACCGAUCUGGCCAUCAAAUCCAUCCAGGGCAUCGCUUCCCUGCAUACUCUGCCCCGUUCGCGGGCCAUCAUUGCGUUCCAGGCCUUCGUACUGGUCCUGAAGGAAUUCCUGCCCGAUUCGUGCUACCUGCAGAACCAGAAUGACUUCUCCAAAACCGAUCUGAUCCUGUCGAAGCCGAACCUACUCGCGGCCAUCAUCAACGCCCUGCACACGCUGAUCCAGCACUACAAGAUCACCUGGAAGGAGUGCAUCGAUUCGGCCACCCUGGUCAACUUCAUGCUGAAUCUCCUGGGGAAUCCAAACCUGCCGCCGAGGCACGUGGUCCUGGCGCUCAAGCUCACUCAACUGUCGAUCGAACACGGUCUGUCGCCCAACUUGGCCCUUCUCAUGGACAACAUCCAGGGAUCCGGGCUGGAAUACGUCGGCCGCAUCAUCUUCACACGGCUGCACGAUAUCAACUGGGAGGUCCGCGAUUCAGCUCUGGAGCUCCUGGCCUCCGUAGUGGAAAUCUCCGAAAUCAAAUUUCCAUCCUUCCAGAAGCACAUUCUGGACUGCAACAUCAUUCCGGUGGUGGAGGCGGCGGCCAAAAACGACUCGGAACCGUACGUGCGCGCAUCGGCGCUCCGCUGCCUGACGCUCAUGGUCAAGAUACGCCUGCUGUGGGAGCACUCGCUGGCGCAGUUGAAUCUGAUGAAUCACCUAAUCACAGUAUGCGACAACGAGAGCGAGGGGGUCGUCCGCCGUGAAGCGGUCAACACGGUCCGUGAGAUCUAUUCCAACCACAAAAUCUACUCGCAGUGCCUAGAUAGCGUGUUCUCGGUGUUGACCUACGUCACCGUGAAGGAUCUCUACUGGGAAGUAAAACUGAACGGCUUGUUGUUCUGGCAGGUCGUCAUAUGUCGCCAGUUGCAGCACCAGGGAAUGAUCGACGGGACCUUCCCGACGGUGACCUUCUCCAAGGAGCACAAAAAGAUCAUUACUCUGACCAACAACGAGAUCCUGCUGCGACUGCGGAAGGUUCUGAACGAACUCUCGCUUCGAGGAUGCCUUGGAGUGCUCCUGGCCUGCCUCGACGAUCGAUGUGACCUGGAGGUCCUGAAGAAAACGGUCGAAAUGAUCCGUUGGCUGAUGACGAUAUUGAACAAGUACAACUACAUGGAAGAGUACAGAAACAUAGCGAGCGGUAGUCGUAAGCGGCGCAGCAAUGACGUUCCCGUAAUGGAUACCAAUUAUUCGGAACAUGUCAAUGCGCCUAGCCCACUGAAGGCGGCUCAGCGCAACAAUGCCGACUAUAGUAGCGGAAAUGUACCGUGUCGGUUAAACGCCGACGAGAUCAUCGACUCGAUCGUCAAUCUGGACGAUGUCAACUUGCUGUCGAUCAACUACGAGAACAAUAUGAAUGUCGCCGGAGAGGGAACGAGUUCCGGUGGAUCGGUGAGUAACGGUGCUGGUGCUGGCGAUUCGUGCUGCUGUGAAGCGAACAAGGCCCACGACGAUCUGUUCGAGCAGUAUGCCAGUGUGACGCCGGACGAGUUCCUAGCCAGGAUUAGCACAACGGACUUUGACGAACUGGUUCGAAGUCGAGAGUGUUGGUUGCAAAAGACCGAGAGUUUUGGAUCGCUGCUGGAAGAUGUUCUGUUCUCGUACUACGCAACCGAGGUGAACGAUAUCGAUUGCUACUGAUGAGAGAUGGAGCAUAUAGAGACACACUAGGUAUUCUAGAAUAGGAUCAACACGUGGGAGCAGAUUGACCACAAAACCGAUGUGAUAAUGUGUUUUUGUUCGCUCAUUGUUCACUGUUGAAUUUGAAUAUUUUCUUUUUUGUUUAGGUUACGUUUUUUAGUUCUAACGACAUCACAAACAAAUGCAGAUGUUUAGUAUUUAGAGCAAUUCAAGAAGAUUUAUGAAGUACCUAUAAUGUAUAAGUAUGAUAAUGUUCUGAAACAUAGUGAGUAUCUGAUUUGAUAUUUUUGCAAAAAAGUUUUCUAAAUAGUCCACUAUAGUUGGCUUGUAA